CUAGACAAGACUUUUCUUUUCAUUUACGCACACAAAAACCCUAGCAGCAGCCUCCUCCUCGUCGCCUCUGCUAAGCUCAAGCUUUGUCUGUCUGCAAAACCAUGGUUGCAAGGAAAAAGCAUUACAGACCUCCGGGUAAGAAGAAGGAAGGCAACGCUGCCAGAUACGUUACCAGGUCUCAAGCUAUUAAGCAGCUCCAAGUCACGCUAGGUUUUUUCAGGAGGUUAAGCAUUCUAAAAGGUAUAUUCCCUCGAGAGCCAAAGAAGAAGUUCAAGGGAAAUAAUCAUACUUAUUAUCAUGUCAAGGAUGUUGCUUUCCUUCAACAUGAACCGUUACUGGACAAGUUUAGAGACAUAAGGGCUUACCAGAAGAAGAUAAAGAAAGCUGAGGCCAAGAAGAACGCUGAUCUUGCCACGCUUCUUCGAACUCGGGAACCCACUUACAAGCUAGACAGGCUUGUUAGAGAAAGGUAUCCUAAGUUUGUUGAUGCGCUGAGAGACUUGGAUGAUUGUUUAACCAUGGUGCAUCUUUUUGCAGCAUUACCUGCUGUAGAGAGGGCAAAAAUUGAUGUGGAACUCAUACAUAAUUGUAGGAGAUUGAGUCAUGAAUGGCAAGCUUAUGUUUCCCGUACUUAUAAAUUGAGGAAGGUUUUCAUUUCCGUAAAGGGCAUAUAUUAUCAGGCUGAGAUUGAGGGUCAAAAGAUCACUUGGUUAACUCCUCAUGCAAUGCAACAAGUUUUGCCAGAUGAUGUCAACUUCAGUGUUAUGUUAACCUUUUUGGAGUUUUAUGAGACUCUCCUUGGAUUUGUCAAUUUUAGGCUCUAUCAUUCCAUAAAUGUGAAGUAUCCACCCAUUCUUGAUCCCCAGCUGGAAGCUUUAGCAUCAGAUCUCUAUGCGCUGUCAAGAUACAUUGUUUCCAACUCCAGAACCUCCACCUUGGAACCCGAAGCUGCUAGUUCAUCUACAUCACAGCAAUUAGAGGCUCAGGAGAAGGAGAUGCAGGCUGAUGAGUCUGAACUAAGGCUUGCUCAACUUCAGCAUCAACUUCCUUCCAACGAACCUGGUGCAUUGAUGCACCUGAUGGAAAAUGCUGAGUGUGAACAUGAAGAUGAUCAAGAUACAAAGGAGUGCAGGAGGCUCUUUAAGAAUAUGAAAUUCUUCUUGGGUCGCGAGGUUCCUAGAGAAUCAAUGCUCUUUGUAAUUCCUGCUUUUGGUGGGGUUGUUUCUUGGGACGGGGAAGCUGCUCCAUAUAAGGAAUCUGACCAGAGCAUUACUCAUCAGAUUGUUGAUAGGCCAACCCAAGGUCAUAAAUACCUUUCAAGAGAAUAUGUUCAGCCACAGUGGAUUUACGAUUGCAUUAAUGCACGGAUCAUAUUGCCAACUGAAGCUUAUAUGGUGGGAAGGAUUCCUCCCCCGCAUCUGUCACCUUUUGUUGAUAAUGAUGCAGAAGGCUAUAUUCCUGAUUAUGCAGAGACUAUCAAACGCUUGCAGGCUGCUGCCAAAAAUGAAGUCCUUCCCAUGCCUGGAGUAGGAAAAGAAGAUUUAGAUGAUCCUCAAAAUUUGUUGGUUGAAGGUUAUAUUAGUCGAGCAGAGGCUAAUGAGGCUGUGAAGACAAAGAAAAAGAUGGCGACUCUUGAGAAGCAGUACCAUGAAGAGCUACAAAGGGAACUUCAGGGUGCAGUCAUGAAGAAAAGCAAGCAGGGCUCUGAAGAGGAUGCAAAGGCUAGUGAAGAGUCUGUCCCUGAUCCGAAACAGAUUGCCGAGGACAUUGACACAAUGUCAAAAUUAGGGAUGUCACGUAAAAAGAGGGGCCUUCUGGAAGCUAUUGAGAAAAGAAAGGAACGGAACACUGCUCGCAUUAGCAAGCUGAAGGAGCGGAAGAAGAAGCUGAAAAGCUCAGAAAACUGAAGGGUGCUGGCUUGUGAACGUGGGCACAAUUGAAGGGUCGGUGGAUUUUGUUACUUGGAAGUUUUGUUAGCUAGUAAAUUUGACUUGAGAAGUGUAAAACUUGAACUGCCCCAAUAUACAUUACAUCAUUUUUUUUUAUAUAAAAAAAAGGGUGCCUAAAUCAGCUAAAAAAUGUAGAAUCUAAAUAUUUAGCGCCUUUUUCUUUUUCA